AUGGAGGCUCCUCAAUCGCAGCCACGCCGUAAGCGCGCACGCGUUUCGGAGAUCGGAGGAACUGCAGCUCCAGGCUGGCCGCCCGAGGCCGUGCGUGCGACUGAACAGGACACUGGCUCAUCAAAUCCCACAUUCGCAUCACAUCAGAUUGAACGAUCCCAUCAAGUGGCCGACGCCGAAGCAUUGAUGAACGGCUACAGUGCCCCGCACUCUCAGUAUCCCAACCCGUCACCCCCGCUGGCACAUGCACCCCCCGAUGUAGUCAGAUUGAACACCCCCUCCCAAGCACAACAGUCCCACCAACAUCAGCAACAUCAGCGCCCUGCAGGCCCCAUCGCCAACACGGACCAGGUGCUCUUCUAUAGCGGCACCUCUGCUGCCCCGCCAACAGCAGCAGCAGCCGUGGCCGCCGCAACUCCCACCGUCCCUCCCUCGUACAGCAUCCCGGGGAGCUGGACCAACCCGAACCCCACCUCAUCCAGCAACGCGAUGCCACCAAUGCCGCCGCAGUCACCCGUGCCCGGCGGAAAUCUCGCCCCGCCGCCCGAGGGCAUCUACCGCACCUUCGAGGACCUCCUCACAGCUGUUCAGCGCGUCGCCAAGGAACAAGGGUACGGGGUGGUGAAGCUGCGGGCAUCAAACUACCGAGACAACAAGCCUACAAGAUACGACCUGGUGUGCGACCGAGGAGGGGUCAAGUACAACAGCACAGCCAAGAAGCGCAACCCCUCCACGCGCAAGGUCGACUGCCCCUGGCGCGCCAAGGCUGUGUGCGAGGUGCAGCUGGGCAACCAGUGGCGGUUUGCCGUCCAGGACUCGAGACACAAUCAUGAACCCCGCCUCCCCGCCUCCGUCCCCGGUCAGGAGAACACGCCCAUCGCCCAGAGCAUCCGCAGCAUGACCAACAAGAUCGACCGCAUAGCCCACGACAUGUCCCAGGGCUUCAACCGACUCGAGGCAACCUUUGCCGCGCGCCUGGACGGCAUCGAGAAACGCCUCGAUUCGCUCGAGGGAGGAGGCGCGGGGGGUGGCCGUGGGCCGGGCAUUCUUGGUGGCCCCGGUGGGACCCCGAACAUGGGCACCCCAAGCAUGCCAUCGGCGAACAUGGGCGGUGGCGGCCUCGGCAACGGGGCUCUGACAAACGGCGGCAUGGGCAAUGGCGGUAUGGGUAGUGGCGGCAUGGGCAGCGGUGCCAUGGGGGGUGGUGGCAUGGUCGACAACCGCCUGUCUAGCAUCGAAGCCAGGGUCAGUGCCAUGGAACACCGCGCAGCGAAUGGCAUGGAGAUGAACAUGAUGGAUGAGGAGUCGAGGCAGCUGGCCUCGAUGGUCAUGUAG